AUGUCUAUACAUAAGUGUAAAGAAAAUAAACAUGUAUUUACAUAUAAAGAGAGCACAGACCAGGGGGUCCGCAGACGGGAGGAACUGACCAAACUGCUCACCAUUACGAUAGAGAACUCUACCGUCAUUCCUUUCAAAUGGCAAGCCAACGGUUUUCUGUGCUUCUACUGCGGGUGCCCCUUCACCGACUCUUCGGCCCUCAAGCAUCACACCAAGGCUGAACACGAGAACGCCAAACUCAAAACUAUCUUGAGAACCACUGUGGCGAAAAGCGGGAGCAUUAAACUCGACGUGUCAGAGCUAGCUUGCAAGAAAUGCGGCGAAACUAUGCGCAGCUUACAGCAUUUCUUCAACCAUAUUAAACAACACGGUUUUAUAAUAAGUGAAGAGGCUUCACAUUGUUGCUAUCCAUUCAUUCUUACUGAUAACGAUAUGUCCUGUCUUGAAUGUGGGAUGUCUUUCAGAUUUUUCGGCCCUCUCUUAAUUCACACACAUAAAUAUCAUACCAAAUCUGAGCCGUUCAUUUGUGAAAUAUGCGGACAAGGAUUUAUAGCUAAAGCGAACGUGGAAAACCAUAGGAAAAUACACGACAAAAAGUCCGAUUGCAACUAUCACUGCAAAGAGUGUGAUGAAACAUUCUCUACACAGUACAAACUUACUUAUCAUUUCGAAAAAGUCCACACUUUAGCCAAAUUCAAGUGUCCUAAAUGUCCGGAAGUUCUAGGCAGCAAAUACUUAAAGAAACGUCAUUUAGCUAUCGUACAUGAUGUGAAAAGCGCGCAGUUUAAAUGUGACGAGUGUCAGAAGAUUUUCUCGUUGAAAAACAAGUUGCUUCUGCAUAAGUCCUGCGUGCAUUUGAAAGAAAGGAACAUUGCCUGCGAAAUUUGUGGACAUAAAGUGUUCAGUAAAGAUCAUUUGAAGCGACAUAUGGUGAAGCAUGAUGAUGCUAGACCGUUUGAGUGUGAAUUCUGUAAGAAAACAUUUCAAAGAAAGAAGACCUUGGAGUUCCACAGGAGGAUACAUACUAACGACAAGAGGUAUCAGUGCAAGGAGUGCGGGCGGUCGUUCGUGCAGUGGACGAGCCUCAAGCUCCAUAUGAGAGUGCAUCAUUCCAAUCCAAAGAAGCACGAACUCCGAGUACCAACGCAAAUCGAAUGGCAAAAGGCAGCUGCACGUCGCUACGUCCACUCCGUCCUCACCCAUUCCUCCCUCCUUCCCUUCCGUUGGCGCGGCAACCGCUAUAUCUGCUUCUACUGCCACUACACCUUCACGGAGGCCACCUGCUUAAGGACACACACUAGGACACACCAAAACCUGGCCAUUAUGAAGCAUUUAACACAAACUAGAGACUUCGCACCCAUAAAAGUUGAUAUCGGAGAAACUUUAAAAUGCCUCAAGUGUAAACAUGAGGAUGAUAGCUUGGAAGGACUGAUUAAGCAUCUCAAAACACACAAACUGAUAGGAGAUACAGAGCAGGAGUGUUUCUUGCCUUUCAAACUAGCUGACCAUCAGAUAUCUUGCUUGAAAUGUGCUAAAUCCUAUCAGUCUUUCGGCAUGCUUUACUCUCAUAUGAAUAAAGUUCAUUUGGAAGGCACUAAGCGCAUUUGCGAGGCGUGCGGUGAAAGCUUUUUCUCAGAUUUCAGUUUAAGAAAGCAUGUGCAGUCGCAUCAUUCUAAUUCCGACUUCAAAUGCAGCCAUUGCAACGAGAAAUUUAAGUUAGACGCGAAUAGGAUUAGCCAUGAAUAUAAAGAGCAUAACAUCAAGUCUUUUAAAUGCUACAAGUGUGAUGAAAUGUUCGGUUCGCAUUACUUAAGACGUCUGCACUUGCACAGUACUCAUAUGAAGAUGGAAUUUACUUGCAAGGAGUGUUCUAAAACUUUUCUAAGCAAGUCUUUGCUAAAUCGACACGUGAAUAGGGUACAUUUGAAGGAGAAGAAAUUCGCGUGUCCCGUGUGUGGGGAUAAGUUCUUUGAUCUGGGAACUUUGAACGUGCAUGCGAAGAAGCAUUCGUAUAGCCAGCAGAAGAGUUUCCAGUGUAAGGUAUGUUCGUUGGUUUUCGGUGGGAAGGUGGAACUGAGUGACCAUAUGGUCACUCAUGCGGGGCAGUCGCUGUCACUGAAGUAA